GUUUUCUAGGAGAAGCCGCCGCUCAGUUUGCCGUGGUUUUCUAGCCUCUAGGAGAAGCCGCCGCCGCCACUGCUGUCCGUCACUCUAGCUGUCGGGCAUCGGGCCGUCGGCUGCUGUCCCCAACCCGUCCACGGUCCGCUUGCUGUUCCUGGCCGCUGGCCCAGACGUCCACGGCUGUCGGCAAGCAAGCACCGUCCACCUCAUGUUCGGCUGUUCCUAGCCGCUGUCUGCCUGGCUCGGUGCCUCGGUGCACGUUCUGAAGAAUAGAAGAAGGCAAGAAGCUAAUUAGCCAAGACCCAAGAAGCGAGCAGGCAAGCAGCCACGAAGACGAAGAUAAAUGAGGAGAUUUUUUCAACCACUUUCAAGGGGGUCCGCAAUUGGUGGUCAGGAUAAUAAUAAUGUCAAUGAUGUGCCAAUCGCGCAAACAAGAAUUUCAGAUCAGUCAAAUGUUGGAAGGGCAUUUAAUCCAGAUGAAAUAGUUGCAGAUCCAGCAUUAAGAAGACAAAUUGAUGAGUAUAAUAUAAAUGUACAAGAUGAAGUAAGAAGGUCAUAUAUUUUGAAAGGUCCAUGCCAACCAAAAGGUUUAGAUUUUCCUCGCAAACAAUAUGGCCAGAGAUCAAGACAUUUUCAAGAACAAUGGUAUGAAAAUUAUGAUUGGUUGGAGUACAGUGAGUCAAAGGAUGCAUCCUAUUGCUUUUAUUGCUUUCUUUUUAAGCAACUAGCAAAGGGUGAUAAAUACGAAGCUUUCACCAAAGUUGGGUACAAUAAUUGGAAAGAUGCGGUUGUAAAGUUUAAAGCUCAUGUGGGUGGUGUUAAUAGUAUCCACAACAAUGCUAGAUUGCAUUUUGAUGAUUUUAGUAAUCAAAGACAAAGCAUAGAUUCUGUCAUGUCCAGUGCUACUCGUGAGGCUGAAGAGCUAUAUAAAAUCAGAUUGACUUGUUCAUUACAUUGUACAAGAUUUCUUUUAAUGCAAGGCUUAGCUUUUCGUGGUCAUGAUGAGUCAGCUAGUUCCUUAAAUAGGGGGAAUUUUCAAGAGUUAGUUUAUUGGGUGAAUGCUAAAAUUAAAGAAGUGAUGAAUGCUUUUGAUCGUGCUCCAAGAAAUUGCAUUAUGACAUCUCCACAUGUUCAGAAAGAUCUUACAAAAAGUUGCGCUCAAGAGAUUAUAGAGAAGAUCAUGGGAGAAAUAGAAGAUAGAAACUUCUCUAUUCUUAUUGAUGAAUCACGUGAUAUUUCUGUUAAAGAACAAAUGGUGUUGAUAUUGAGGUAAAUGUGUUUGCAAUAUAAGUGAUAUUAGGCUUAUUAGCUAUCUAUAUUUUGUUGCAUGAGUAACUAACUUUUAACUUUUUGUAAUGUAGAUAUGUGAACAAUGAAGGCCAUGUGGUGGAACGGUUCCUUGCCAUCAAGCAUGUCAAGGAUACUACAUCAGAUGCUUUGAAGGAAGCUCUUUUGGCCCUUCUGGAUCAUCAUGGCUUAUCUAUAUCCAAGAUUAGAGGACAAGGAUAUGAUGGUGCAUCAAAUAUGAGAGGUGAAUUUAACGGCUUGCAAAAAAAGAUUAUGGAUCUUAGUCCACAUGCUUAUUAUGUUCAUUGUUUUGCACAUCAACUACAACUUGUGGUAGUUUCUGUUGCUAGUAGUGCUUGUUGUCAAUCCGUUCAUGACUUUUUUGAGUACAUUCAAUUAAUUGUAAGCACCACAAGCUCAUCUUGCAAGAGAAGGGGUGCCCUAAGGGAAAAAGAACAUGAGAGUAUUGUAGAAAAACUUGAAAGAGGUGAAUUUAUUACUGGAAAGGGUCUUCAUCAAGCAACCAAUCUUGCUAGACCCGGUGACACAAGAUGGAGUUCACAUUAUUUAACCUUGCUUCGUUUAGAAACAAUGUGGGAGUCAGUAUUGCAUGUUCUUGCUAUUGUCCAUGAAGAUGGUCGUGUACCAACACAAGCAGCAGGGUUGAUAGAAAAAAUGGAGAGUUUCAAAUUUGCUUUCAUUCUAAAAUUGAUGUUGAAAGUGCUUGCAAUCACAAAUGAGCUCUCUCAAAUGUUGCAAAGGAAGAGUGUUGAUAUUGUUCUUGCCAUGGAGUUACUUGAUGUUGUUAAAGCCCGAAUCGCUAUGAUGAGGACAGAUAAUGGUUGGGAGUCAUUUUUUGAAGAUGUGAAGGAAUUUUGUGCUAAUAAGGGUAUUCCUGUGGUAGACAUGGAUGCAGAAGUACCUAUUAGAGGUCGAUCAAGGCGAGAUGGAUUCACAGUCACAAAUCUUCACUACUACCGCACCGAGAUAUUUUUUGUUAUUCUUGAUAAAAUCAAUACAGAGUUGUGUCAUCGGUUCAGUGAAGUUUCAAGUGAGUUGCUAGUUGGUUUUGCUUUCCUUGAUCCAAAGAAGUCAUUUUCUAUGUUCAAUUUGGAGAAGCUUGUUAAGCUUGCUAAGUUAUAUGAUCAAGAUUUCACAGUUGUUGAUCGUGCAAUGUUAAGAGAGCAACUCGAGACAUAUAUUGUUCAUGUGAGAAGGCAUGCUGCUUUUAGUACUUGUGAAGAUAUCGCAUCUCUUUCUAUUAAGAUGGUUCAGGCUGGAAAGCAUGUUGUGUUUCCUUUAGUCUACAAGCUAAUUUAGUUGGCCCUAUUAUUACCUGUGUCAACGGCAAGUGUUGAAAGAACAUUUUUAGCUAUGAAUAUAAUUAAGAGAGAAUUGUGUAACAAGAUUGAAGAUGAUUGGUUGAAUGAUUUAAUUGUUUGCUACACUGAGAAAGAGAUCUUCAAAUCCGUUGAUGAUGAGCUUAUUAUUCGACGAUUUCAACGUCUCAAAACUAGAAGGAUGCAAUUGCCUCGGUCAACAAGAACUUAACGGUAUGUUUGCUUUUUUUAUUUAUAUGGUUUUUUCUUUGAAUUUUGUAUCAUGUAUUGAUAUAAAACUUGAAUUUUA